AUGUUGCCCAUUGUUUUGUUUUUUCUAAGUGUCUGUCUCGGCGUGGGGAUGGGAUAUCGGACACAUUCGGACAGCACUGUGGGCAAAAGACAGUAUCAGAUCCAAAAUGGGCCAUGCAGCUACACCUUUCUGCUACCUGAGCAGGAGAACUGCAAAAGCCAGAGCAGCAGCUACAAUUAUCCAGUUCAGAAGGACGGGCCCACAGACAACGACGAGUCAGCUCACAGGCUGGAACAGCUGGAGAUGGUCAUGGAGAACAACACGCAGUGGCUACUUAAGCUACAGAAUUAUAUCCAGGAGAGCAUGAAGCAGGAUAUGGUCCAGAUCCAACAGAGCGCUGUACAAAAUCACACAGCCACAAUGAUUGAAAUAGGAACAAACCUGCUCAGUCAAACUGCAGAGCAAACGAGGAAAUUGACCAAUGUGGAAGCACAGGUAAUCAAUCACACAACUCGACUCGAACGGCAACUGCUGGAGAAUUCUUUGUCAACCAAUAAACUGGAAAAACAAGUUAUUGUCCAAACAAAUGAAAUAAAUAAGCUGAAUGACAAAAACAGCUUACUGGAGAAGAAAGUAAAGGACUUGGAGGAGCAGAGGGAGGUUGAGCAGAAGACGCUUCAAGUAGAAAAGGAGCAGCUUCAGAAUCUAUUACAGAGGCAGACAACUAUCAUUUUUGAGCUGGAACAAAAGUUACUCAGGGUGUCAUCCAACAACAGUGUCCUGCAGCAUCAGCAACAGGAGCUCCUGGAAACUGUGAACCAACUAAUUCACACCUUCUCGACUGGAGCAACCCAAGUGAUAAAAACUGCCAUGAUGCAGGAUACGCCUUCCACAUUCAUGGAUUGUGCUGCUGUCUUCAAGUCGGGAAACACAAAGACUGGUGUCUAUACACUCACUUUGCCCAACACUACAAUAGAGGUUAAGGCAUUUUGUGACAUGGAGCUGGAGGAAGGUGGCUGGACGGUAGUACAAAAACGUUUUGAUGGCAGUGUUGACUUUCACCGUACGUGGGAAGAGUAUAAAAAGGGAUUUGGAGAUCCGUCAGGAGAAUAUUGGUUAGGAAAUGAAUUUGUAUCCAGGCUGACAAGUCAACAUUCUUACAACCUCAGGAUCCAAUUGAGUGACUGGGAGGGGAAUUCUGCAUUCUCCCUGUAUGACCAGUUCUCACUCGAUGGUGAGGGAAAAAACUACAGGAUACACCUUAAGGGCUACAGUGGAACGGCAGGCAAAAUAAGCAGCAUUGGUCAGCCAGGAAGUGAUUUCAGUACAAAAGAUGCAGACAAUGACAAAUGUGUUUGCAAAUGCUCACAACUGACAACAGGAGGUUGGUGGUUUGAUGCUUGUGGGCCAUCCAAUUUAAAUGGAAUGUAUUACCAGGGAGGCCAAAACUCCAAUCGCUUCAAUGGCAUCAAAUGGUACUACUGGAAGGGAUCGGGAUAUUCACUGAGAGCUACGUCUAUAAUGAUCAGGCCAGCAGACUUCUAA